UGAGAGAGAAGUAGCCAGGAACAAUGUCCACCUUCUUCGAACAAAAGGUCAAGGCUCCAGUCGUCAAGCUGCUCAAGUCUGGCGCCUCGCCCAGCAGUAUCGCGAUGGCCAUGGCCUUUGGCGUUUCAGGAGGAAUCUUCCCCAUUCCAGGCGUCACGACCGUGCCCGUUAUGGUCGCUAUUUUCCUCUUCCGCCUGAACCCUGUGGCUGCUAUGCUCACUAACUAUCUCGUGACACCCCUCAAUAUCGCAGCCGUCCCGGUCUUCAUCUACUACGGCAAUGCGGUCUUCGGAGGAGGCGAAGGAGAAGGAGACUUUGCCAUUGGUAGCUUCAUGGAUGACAUUAAGAAAGACACCAUCGCCACGCUGCUGCAGUUCCGCUUCACACUACUGCAUGCCAUCUACAUGUGGCUGCUCGUCAUGCCUGUCCUCACACUUGUCAUCUACGGCGUGCUGACGCCUGUGCUACGUCGUGUCAUGCCCAAGAGCAAGGACGAGCGCAAACAUGCCUAGAAUGCCCCAGUUUUGCAUGUGAAGAUUCUCUAGUGUCAUCUCGGAAGAACUUUCAAUCAUGCGAUAGCACAACAGUUU